GGAGGCCGGGAGCGCGUCGGGAGGGCGUCGGGAGCGCGAUGGCGGAGGAGCGGGCGCUGGCCAUGGUCACCUGCACGGCCCCCGUCAACAUCGCCGUCAUCAAGUACUGGGGCAAGCGGGACAAUGACCUGAUCCUGCCCAUCAACUCCUCGCUCAGCGUGACGCUGCACCAGGACCAGCUGAAGACCACCACGACGGCCGCAGCCAGCCGGGACUUCACGGAGGACCGUCUGUGGUUGAACGGGGAGGAGGUGGACGUGGGGCACCCCCGGCUGCAGUCCUGCCUGCGGGAGGUGCGGCGCCUGGCUCGGAAACGUCGCGGUGGCAGCGCUGAGGACUCGGCCCCUCUGAGCCUCUCCUACAAAAUCCACGUGGCCAGCGAGAACAACUUCCCCACGGCCGCGGGGCUGGCGUCGUCUGCCGCCGGCUACGCCUGCCUGGUGUCGGCGCUGGCACGGCUGUACGGCGUGGAGGGCGAGCUGUCGGAGGCGGCGCGGCGCGGGUCGGGCAGCGCCUGCCGCAGCAUGGCCGGCGGCUUCGUGCGCUGGCAGCGUGGCGAGCGCCCGGAUGGCAGCGACAGCCUGGCACAGCAAGUGGCCCCCGAGACUCACUGGCCCGAGCUCAGGGUCCUGGUGCUGGUGGUGAGUGGGGAGAAGAAGCAGGUGAGCAGCACGGCCGGGAUGCAGACCAGCGUGGCCACCAGCCCCUUGCUGAAGCACCGGGCAGAGGUGGUGGUGCCGGAGCGGCUGGAGCGGAUGACGAGGAGCAUCCGCGAGCGGGACUUCGAGGCCUUCGGGCAGCUCACCAUGCAGGACAGCAACCAGUUCCACGCCACCUGCCUCGACACCUUCCCCCCCAUCUUCUACCUCAACGACCUCUCGCGCCGCAUCAUCGCCCUGGCGCACCGCUUCAACGCCCACCACGCCUGCACCAAGGUCGCCUACACCUUUGACGCCGGCCCCAACGCCGUCAUCUUCCUGCUGGCCGACACCGUGGCCGAGUUCGUGGAGGUGGUGAGACGCAGCUUCCCCCCGGCCGCCAACGGAGACCAGUUCCUGCGGGGGCUGCCCGUGGGCUCGGCCUCGCUGCCCCAGGAGCUGCUGGCGGCCGUGGUGACAGAGUCGGUGCCAGGGGCUGUCCAGUACAUCCUGCACACCAAGCCUGGCCCUGGCCCCCAGCUCUUGGAUGACCCCAGCCAGCACCUCCUGGGAGCUGACGGGCUGCCCCGCUGCCGCGCCUGAGCCCAGGACCCUGCCAGGGACGGCCCUGACGUGCCACGGGGUUCUUCUGGUGCCACCUGGGGGAAUCAAGGUGCUGAAUCUGGCCUGGGCCAAAGCCAGCCCCAGCCCCAGGGCAGGAUGUGACCCCUGGGGCUGGUUUUUACCCUUUUGUAAGGAAAUAGAGUUUUUUUCUGGCUGCA